CUAAAACAUAAUACAGUGCAAACAAACCAAACCAACCACCCACAGAUAACAGUACAUACAAGCAAGCGUCGUCAGGCAGGCCGGGUCAAUAUCAAUAGGGCAGGUAGGUACAGGGGGAGCAAGCGGAGAUGGGUCGGGGUCACAGGCCAGGUUCAGCAGGUAGCAAGCAGCGUGGUACAGAGGGUCAGGCAGAGGGAUGGUCAGGGAGCGAGCCGGGAUCAGAGCAGGAGAAGUCAGCAGCGGUUCAGAUCAGGCAGGGUCAGCAAAGGAACAGAAACAGGAUGCAGGACAGAUACAGGGCCCAGGACAAACACAACACCAAGGCAGAGUCUGCAAGUCUGGCCA